AUUUGUUUGGAAAGAUUUGAAAUGCCAUCUGUCAUCAGGCCGUAAACACAUUUCGCGAGCUGGUUUCCCACAUGUUUAGCCUGAAAUAAAUAUCCAAAUCAAUUCACGAUGGAUUCUCUGCUUGAAACAUUGAAACAGCCCAAUGCCCCUGAACCAUCCGGCCGGUUCAUUGCACAUUUGCUUAAAACUGAGCUGAACGUACUACUGGAGUCUGCCACUUUUAACGAUGUCCUCUCCGACAAAAUACACCAAACGGAUGCUACAAAUGAGGAACUGCUACAUCUGGCCAUUGGUAGCUUAGUCGCAUUUUUGCAGUACAAUUUUCUCGGUCCACGAGAAAAACACAACCAAUCAGCGUUGCAAACCUCCGACAGCCGUGCGCAACUUAUAUCGGACGGAGAAGAACUGAACGUAAAUGUAGUGCGUGCCGAUUGUUUAUUGGUUUGCAAGAGGAUAUUUGACCGCUUGCUUCAUGAAGAUAUUGAGCCGAACAAAUCCACCCCAUCCGGAUAUUGCUUGCGGCUCUGGUAUCAGCGGUAUUUGCUACUACAUCAGCGAUGCAUUGAUGACCUUACGCAUGACCUGUACGAACGAUUCAAUGCAAACGUGGUUGCACUCGAGACGGCCCUUUCUACAGCUGAGCAGGCGAUAAAAGUCGAAAUUUAUCUAGAAAUUAUGUUUGGAUUCGUUCAAUUCAAGCGCAUUACCAAGUUGGAACAAUGGCUGCAGAAGCUUGAAACGCUUUCGAAUGUAAAGCUUUCGGUGGAGGGAGUAUUAGGUGUGCGCACAAAGUUUCAACAGACUCCACUGCCCCAGCUGACGCUGCGGCUGGAAGGUGUCAGCGAAUUGGGGUUGCCGGAUGCCAUGGAAACACACGGGUACAUGAAAUUACCACCGAUUCUGAAGCUGGAAGAUGAAGUACGUCUGGAAAAGGUUAAAUUUUUGAAUGACCACGAGAACGAAGACCUCCAGCUGCCUGCACUGGUGCAGAACAUAGUGCUUGGGAAGUUAUACUUCCUGUACGUUACACAGCCAAAAGAACAAUUGACGUUGGAAGAGAUACAACCCUACAUUACUUCGCUCGUGUAUCAACGGUUCGGACCUUGGGCAACACGUGUGGCCACCCUCUUCAUGAAUGCUUCGAUAGAAGCCACUCACAAGCGCACUGUCGACCGGUCUUUGCGACAGAUUGAGGAACUAAUACAACAGUUCUAUGCUCCCGAUUAUGAAACAGCCAUUCCAAUCGCCGAUCGUCUCCCACUUGUAUUUAGCUCUUGGCCCAUUUCCUACUGGCAGAUGAAGGAAAAGCUAGCCGAUGUGAUGGUUAGUCUCGGUAUGAUUAAGGGCGCACUUGCCAUAUAUGAAGAGGUGCAAAGCUGGGAAAAUGUGAUCGAGUGCCACACCAUACUGGAGAUGCGUCAUCUUGCUGCGAUCGUCAUAAAAGAGCUGAUAGAACGCAAUGGGCCCACGGUGCGAUUGUACUGUAUGCUCGGAGAUGCCACGGAUGAUGUCGAAUGCUAUCGACAGGCUUGGGAUUUAUCCAACGGAACAAGCGCCAGCGCACAAAGGCACUGGGGUAAUUACUACUUCGUGCGCAAAGAUUAUGCAUCAGCGAUCGAGCAUCUGCGACGAUCGAUUGAAAUCAACUGUCUGCAGGAACCGACAUUGCUACGGCUGGGAUAUGCAGCACUUCAGCUCGAGCGCUGGCAAGAGGCUGCCUAUGCCUAUCGGUUGUAUACGUCCUUCGAGAAUCACGGGUUCGAACCGUGGAACAAUCUCGCCAAAGCGUACAUCAUGCUUGGGGAAAAGCCCCGGGCGCAUAAAGUGCUGCAGGAAGCGCUCAAGUGUAACUUCAGCAACUGGAAGGUUUGGGAAAACUAUCUGCUUGUCUGUGUCGAUACGCGUAAUUUUGCUGACGCACUAAAUGCUUACGAACAGCUGCUAACGCUGAAGGAUCGCUACUACGAUAAGGAAGUGCUGGAAAUCAUUGUACGAGCGAUCUUGUUGGGUGACCAGGAUGCCGAUGGAACGUCAUGCAGCCGGUUGAAGCAGAAAGCACUUAAUUUGCUUGCACACGCCUGUGCUCAGCAGCCCAACAAUGGCUACCUGUACGAGUUGGCCGCAGAGUUGGAAGAUGCGGAUUUGUUGAAACGCUGCCACAAGCUACAGAACGCCUACCGAGCAUACACGCAAUCGAACAGCCAGUGGUCGAAAGCACCUGAAAGCUGUUCCACCGUGGUGAACCUGUGCGUGGACCUUUGCGAGCGUAGCUUGAAGGCGUUCGUGGAUGGUAAAGCUGAUGGAACGCGACUUGUACCGUUACGGGCCCAACUUGGCUCCGCCCGGUUAACUGGACAGGCGUGCUUACGUUCGGCCAACGCUGAAGCUUGGCCUGUGUGUGCCGAACCGCUGAAUAAGCUGCAGGACUUGGUUGACAAGCUUACGAUCGAGCUGAAACAAGCAAUGGAUGCUUAAAGAAUGUGUGUGUGUGUUCUUCUUUUAAUCGCUAAGCGAGCAACAGUUUGAUUUAGUUUUACUUUUGAUUUUCCGCCACAAAAGGACUUUAUUUAAUGUAAGUUCAGGUUGGUAGUAAUCAACACACGCACGGUCUGAUCGAACGAUCCGCACACAGCCAAACCUUGUCGAUCGGGGCUCCAGUCAAACGUGUGUACAGGUUGCGUGGAAAGAGUGGUAGCAUGAAGCAUCUCCAACGAUCCGGCUACACCUUGCUCUUCUCCAUCGGCUAAUGUUUUGGUUCGUUUCUCCGGAUAGUGACUAAAAUGGGUAUGCAAAUAAAUAUUGUGUCGAAUUGCCUUAUCAACCCGCUGGAUGGUGUA